AUGAAGAUUUUUCACGCUGAGUUAUCCAGGAAAUUAAUCCAAUUUCAUCCACAACCAUCCGAUGGUUUCAAUCUCCAUCAAGACGAUGAAUCUAUAAUGAUGGGCAAAUGUCGUAAGACAAACCUUUACAAAGAAAAAAAAGGCGAAAGGGAGAAUGAGAUAUGUUGUGACGGGCACACGUGA